CAGAGUCACACUGUAAGCUUUUUAGAUCUUUCCCGAAGAAGAAGAAGAAGACGAAGAGAAAUGAGGCCGAUGCAGCUGGAUAUGUUGUCGGAGAUGGAUGAUGCAGGCUCCUCGAUGGCCAUGGACGUUGAUGACCUCGAAGCUAUGGAGAUCCUCAACGAAGGAGGACUUAUCUCAGAGAGCAAGCUCACCGACGCCGAUUUCUUCAACAAAUUCGACGAUGAUUUCGAUGACACCGAUAUCAACUGAAAUAAUCCGGUUUAUUUCUUCUCUACGAUUUCAGUGUUUUUUUCCGUAAUCUUUAUGUAAUUUCUGCUUGAACCGAUGUAGUAAUUUGAAUAACCUAAGCUCAUGAUUUAGGAGUGUGGUUUGGAUGUUAUAUUGUGCUUUUUCUGAUUGUUAUUUUUA